AUGAUAACGAGGUAUUUCUUACGAAAUUUUUCAUCAAUAACUCCUACAUGUCAUCAUUUUAUCCUUCGUCAAUUGUCAUCAUUGGAUCAUAAUCUAUCAACAAUUGAAUAUGAGAAAAUAGCUAAUGAAACAUUAGAAUCAUUAACAGAAAAAUUUGAAAUAAUACUUGAAAAACAUAAAUUAUUAACUGAUGUAUUCUAUUCAAAUGGUGUUUUAACUGUUGAUCUUAAUAAAUAUGGUACUUAUGUUAUUAAUAAACAAACACCAAAUAAACAAAUAUGGUUAUCAUCACCAUUUAGUGGACCUAAACGUUAUGAUUUUAUAAAUCAAACAUGGAUUUAUACACAUGAUGGAAUAUCAUUAUAUCAAUUAUUAAAUAAAGAAUUUUCAAAUAUAUUUAAAAACGAUAAAAAUAUUGAUUUUGAGACAUGUAGUUAUGGAAAAAAAUCAUAA